CUCGAAAGAAAGGAUACCAUCAAGAAGGUUACGAAUGCCGUAAGCAAAUCGGUAUUCCCCCGCACGCCAUCGUCAAUGUACCAUGGCCAUCCCCGGGUCCUUCAGGUCUCAACCUCAUCGGGUCCCGUCUCCGGCGCACUGGUCUUUCAGACGCUUUGCUGCCAGAGCGACAUCUCAUUGAGCCAGACUCUACGUCAUGUGAGGUACCAUUCCACAGCGGUACCGCGCUGCACAGCGUGUGGAUUCAGUGCCGGCACGCAUGAUCUGAUUCAUAGUCAAUCCAGACCGCUGGAGCGACAGCUGGGUAGGGCAUCUGGGUCGCGUGCGUCUGGGUCAAGUGCUGCUGUUGUGCCUUCUUGCAGGCUUCGGAAUGUUAAACAACAGCAGUUGCAGAGCUAUCAGCUUCGACACGACUUCCAUACCGCCUCAAUGCUAUCAGCCUCCCGAGGCAAAGCCAUACACAUUCCCGCUGCUAGCCUUCCAAGCAGACCAACGGCUUCGCCCUUAACCAGCCUCCCUCGACCUCCACGACCGGAGCAGUCGCUGGCUUUUGACUCGAAAAGAUAUCCGCGAAGCCCUCUUGCGAAGACGACUCCGGCGUUAGGAAACAGGAAAAGGGCAGAAAGUCCGGGUGACGAAAAGCAAUCGCUCCCACCAAAUCCUGCCCAGGAGAUCAAAAAGAAGGAGGAGCUCAGGCUGCAGGAGGAAGCAAGACAACAAAGAAUAUUACAGCGGCAACAGCAGUUGAGGCUCAACAUCCAACGUGCGUCGGAGCUGGUUGAGAAGCUUGAUACAGAGCUGCUCAACCCGGCUAUCAUGCAGACCGAACUACUGCGGACAAGGAAGAUCGCGAAGGAGGCGCAUCUCAACAGAGUGGCCGACCAGAGGGCACAAAAGCUUGUCACUCCAAUCAUCAAGCAAUUGGAGGGCAUCUCUCGCGACACUGAUAUCCUCGAAGAUGCAUUUGCCAAUCUGAAGAAAGAAAUGCAAGACUAUAGGCGUGGGCUACGGGCUGAAAUGGACCACACCAUGGAGCUGUUCGCACAAGAAAAAGCAGGGACAGAUACUACAGGAAUGCUUCGAAAACUCGCCCGGACGCUUGACAAUGCCUCGUAUACUAUGCGUACCGAGGUCAUGGGAGAGAUCUGCUCUGACCUGCAAGAGCGCGGCUUAUGGAAAAUGCCUGACCGCAUCGACGUUCGUACUUGGCGAGAGUACAGCCCUAGGGGUGCUACUAAGCCACACGUCUGGCGCGCUUUGAUGCGUAUACUGAACUUGCGUAUCCAGUAUGAAAUUCUCGAUGGCGAUAUCCAAGCGGAGUUGCAUAUCUAUCGAGCGCUGAGGCGAUGCUCACUCCGCUAUGGGAGGCACCCGGAAAUAUACGGGUAUCUGCUUCGUCACUUCAAGUUCUACGAAGCUCUUACUGGUAUUGGGCGCGCCUCAGAUGGCAUGAUCAAAAUAUUACGUGAUACCCGGUCUUGGUUCUCAACAUCGUUCUCGGGCGACUUGCGAGUAAAGCUCCUAGAUACAUGGUAUCAUCGACGCUUUGUCUUGCUGGUUCAAAAGGUUGCCGAGGGAGCUGCCCGGAUCAGCUCGGCAUACCACGACCACCUUGACAACCUGACAGUGGUCGGCGCCACAUCUAAUGUGCCCCUACAACUAGCUCAAGUGUCUGAUUUUGGCCCCUUCACGGUUUCCAUCCACAAGUUCAGUCAAGUAGUCCGCGAUGCGGCCAACCUAACGGAUGCUAUCGAUCGACGUGGGUUGCUUAAUGGCUUAAGCAUCGAACGACGUUUCUCGCGGGAGGGAAUCCUCAAGUGGCUCACGACAGCUAAAGAACUGAGACGUAUUCUCUGGAAGGACGUGGAGACAGCUAUCGCCUGGAGAGGCGUCGCGAAUAUAUCGUGUGGAAUUGUUUAUCGACCACCGAAUCCGAGCCUGACGGUGGUAGACGCGGCUACCAGGACAUCGGCUAUGCCUCGACCCGACACGAGGGGUUUGCCUGCCACUACUUGGGCGAGGUGCCCGUGGCGAACGUCGACGAAUCUAUAUCCUCAGGAAGCAUCAAUCCCCAUCAACUUUGUCACCACGGUCUGGGGUGCCGCUACAGUCCUCUACCGCCUGUCAAUGAGCAAGGUCAUUGCUGUUGACAUUGUCGUGAAAGGUGCACAGACAGAAAAAGCUGCUUCUCCCGCAGAAGUUGGUUCCGCGGCGACCCGCACGCCAUUAUUCAGUCUGCCCUUUGAUUUCAUGGUCAUGGCAAGCGAAUCUGAAGUGACGAUCUUCCAUCUCGGGUAUAUGGACCCGGCAGAUAUUCUCAGUCAAGGGACCUUUAAGUCGACUCUCGGCAACCCUUCAAUUAUGAAGGUCGGCGUUAACAUGGACUUUCAAAAGCAAAUGCUGGCAGAGCACCUUGGUAUCGAGCUGGUCGAAUUUUAUGAUCUCCAGCCCAAAGCGCGUGAGCGCGGCAGUCUCGAAGAUCCCAACUGGACCAUUCUUUCUGCUUUGAUGGCUCAAGCAUUCGGCAUUUCCCUACCGAGAGUGGACCUUUCGAAGGGCCAUGAGGCUGUAUUCAAAGAUCCACCUCUCUUCUUCAACCACCUCGCUUCUCGUGGCUACGGAGCUCUGCAGUGGUACUAUGCUGCUUGUCGUGCAUCGCGGAUGACGGCUGCCGGCGCUGCGGCAGGUCUACCCCAAGAUCCGACGCCUACAUUUGGUCCGGUGUCGUUGCACAUACCUGAGGAGCGUAAAGGGCUCCAGUCUUUCGAUCUACCAAGCCUCACCCGUAGAAACUACCUGCAAGGUCUCGCUAAAGCAAUGACCAGGACAAUGAUUGAGAACGGCUCCUGCUUGAGUCAUCUCAAGCGGUUGCCGGGGCCAUCCCGACGCGCUAUCGAAAAAGGGGACCUCGAUCUCCAUUCUUAUCUGCUUUUUACUUCAUUCUGUCAAGACCUCGGGACGAUCGCAAUCGACUUGAAGGUGCAAAACCCGGCUGCAAACAUCCUUGCGGCGGUUGAACGAUAUCAGCUCCCGCUUCUCGACGAAGAUCAGAGGAUACUCACCGCCGUCAGAGGGUUUAUUUCAGCGCCGCUGUCUUACACAAAGCCAAUAUCCUCCUUCAUUCGUCAUCGGGUUACCAAAGAGCUUGAUGCUCCAUCGAAAGGCACCAAGCCUACGUCUGAUACCUCAACGGAUAGUAAGACUGUGGCCCGUAAAAUAUCGAUGAAAAGCACGGUGGCCAAAAAGGCUCUGAACGUGGCUUCCAGAACUGCGUCCCCGAAGCCAGCUACUGCGAAGUCAGCCAGCCCGAAACCAAGUCCCAAACCUGCGGCGCGACCCAGCAGGCAGACUCUUCCGGGAACAGUAAAGUACACUCCGUUUUCGACUCAGCCAGCGAAUGAACCACCUCGUCCCCCAAAGAAACCUUCAGUUACACCCACAAAGAAGCCGCCAAAGACUGAACAGUCCCAGUCUUUCCCAUCCCGAGGCAAAGACCUGGAAGUCGAUGCAAAUGGCCCUACCGAUGCGGGCGGACGUGCAAAGAAGAAGGCAGGACGAUCGAAAAAGUCGAGACCUGCCGCUGCACCAUCUAAAGGACCGGAUCGGCCCAUCCAUACUGACAUGCCAGGCAGGCCGUCAGAGCCUGGGCACGUGAAAGAGGAAGCGGUGUCCGCUGGAUUUUGGGGCGUAACGUUCGAGUCGUAAUGAUACGAGACUGCAUGCAGUACGAGAGCCUAUAAGCUUUGCGCUUUCAGCAUGGGGUGUGCCAUGCAUUUGAGGCGAAAAGAACGUGUUCAGUGUCGCUUCAGUCCGUCGAGACGGGGCUGGGAUGAUACAUGGAGAUGGACAAGGCCAUGCUAUGACGGUGCGACAUGGAGAUGAGUGCCGUGCAGGAUAGAUUGAUGGCAAGCACAGAAGGCUAUAUAUUUGUACGGUACUCCGUACUGCCAGACCACAUACACGCCGAAGAAUCUAGUCCAACUACACGCUCUUGUCAUUCCAAGGACGCAGGAACCGUGUGAAGUAUACAGUAAUAUUAGGACCUCCC